AUGGAGCCCCCGCCGCCCACUCCUUCUCCGUCGCUCUCGCUUUCCCCCUUCACACUCCCCUUAGCACGUCGCCCUCGCUUUCCCCUCGUCGUCAUUGCUUCCCCCGUCGGUCUCGCUUUCCCCCGCCGCACACUCCUUCCCCCGUCUCUCUCGCUUUCCCCCCCUGCCCACUCCUCCCGUCGUUCUCGUUUGCACCCGUCACCCACUCCUUCCCCCGUCGCACUCGCUUUCCCCCGUCGCCUCUGGCUUUCCCCCGUCGUCCUUGCUUCCCCCAUCGCCCUCGCUUUCCCCCGUCGUCAUUGCUUUCCCCCGUUGCUCUCGCUUUCCCCCGCCGCCCACUCCUUCCCCCAUCUCUCUCGCUUUCCCCUGCCGCCCACUCCUCCCGUCGUUCUCGUUUGCCCCCGUCGCCCUUUCUCUACCCCGUCGCCCACACUUGUCACCGUCCCCCAUGCUUUCCCAAGUCGCACACGCGUUCCCUGGCGCCCACACUUGUCACUGUCCCCCGUCGCUCUUGCUUUCCUCUGUCAUUCUCCCUCCCUUUCCUCUGUCAUCAUUACUUCCCCCAUCGCCCUCGUUUUCCCCCGCCGCCCACUCCUUCUCCCGUCGCUCUCGCUUUCCCCCGCAGCCAUUCCAUCUCCCGUCGCUCUCUCUUGCCUCCAACACCCACUCCUUCCCCCGUCGCCGUCGCUUUCCCCCGUCUCCCUCCCUUUCCCCCGUCAUCCUUACCCUCCCCAUCGCUCUCGCACACUCCUCGUCGCUCUCGCUUUCCCCCGUCGCCUUUGUUACACACCGUCGUCAUUGCUUUCCCCCGUCGCCAGCUCCUUCCCCACUCGCCUCCCCUUCCGCCCCCGCCUUUUCUUGACCCCCGCCUUUGGCUCCCUCGUCGCUUUUGGUACACCCGUCAGUUUUGGUACACCCCCCGCCAUUGCUCCCCCGCCCUCGUCACCUACUCCUGCCCCGUCGCCCUCGUUUCUCCCCGUCACCCAACCCUUCCCCCUUUGCCCACGUUUCCAUCCGUCUCCCACCCUUUUCCCUGUCAUCCUCUCAUACACCCGUCGCCCCCGGGAUCCUUCCACCCUUAGCAUUCUCUCAUUACUCCUCCCUCCUCACCACCCCUCCGCCCGCCCCUCACCACCACCCUCCAAUCUCUUCUUAUAG